AUGGUGCCCAAGGCGUCCGGAUCCACAUCACUUCUGACGGGGGCCCGCAAGUCGGGCAUCUCGCUCGCACUCAACGGCGGUGGUGGCCAGCCCGGAGGCGUCUCGCUCCACGACCGCCUCUCGGCCCGCUCCAGAGUCACCAAUCUCGGCGUGGUGCUGCUGCUCGGAUUCGCCGCGCUCUCAGGUCUGAUGAACCUGCGCUACAUGCUCUUCUCGCGCCACAGCAACGCGCCACCACUCGGCCUGCACUCCUGGCAGUCCUUCCACGGCUACACUCCCGACCAGCUCAGCAACAGCGUCCCACCGCCACGCAACGGCACCGACCACCUCAACCACCUCGUCAUCGUCACAGGCCACGCCAUCUGGGCCGGCUGCGACGUCAAGGGCAAAGAUAGAGACGAGAACUGGGUGCUCGAGGACUACCAGAAGGGCGGAAGCGUAAAGACCUUCUACAAGCACAUCGAAAAAGGCCUCCAGCUCACCAACGAGGACCCUAGCGCUCUCCUCAUCUUCUCCGGAGGUCAGACAAGACCCAACUCGCUCCAGACCGAGGCCGAGUCCUACUUCUCGCUCGCUGUAUCCGCCGGUCUCGAGCUGCCCAUGAUCGCCGGCAGCCUUUCCAACUCCACCUCCGCGUCGUCAUCCUCUAGCUCCUCCUCCGUGGGUCAGCUCGCACACGCCAACGCAGCCGUCGCCACACUGCAUGGACUGCAGGAUGCUAGGAUGACCACCGAGAACUUUGCGCUGGACAGCUUCGAGAACCUGCUGUUUUCCAUCGCGCGCUUCCGCGAGUACACCGGCCACUACCCCGGCCGCAUCACCGUCGUCGGCUAUGGUUUCAAGAAGGGCCGUUUCGAGGAGCUGCACGCCAAGGCGGUGCGGUGGAACACGCAGGGCUUCCUGCGCAAUGGCGAGCGCACCUUCCAGUACGUCGGCCUCGACGACGACAUCAGCGAAGCCGAGUCGCAGCUCCAGUACCGCGGCGAAAAGGUCAAGGCGUACAACCUGUUUGACAAGGACAUGUACGGAUGCCACGGCAGGCUGCGCGACAAGCGCAUCGAGCGAAACCCCACGCGCCGAUUCCACCCGUACAUGAGCUCGGCACCCGAGAUCGCGGAUCUGCUCAACUGGUGCCCCGCGCCCAACUCGGGCCUGCAGGGUCUCUACCCCGAGAAUCUGCCCUGGGACGCACGCGUCAUCGGAACAGGUUGGGGAAGGGGCGCGCUCGAGGUCAAGAAGAACUCAAAGGGCAACAUCAUCCCCGACACACGCUGGCUCCAGAUUGGAAGGGAGCAUUAG